AUGAAGUUCUCCAUCGCUGCUGCCAUUGUUGCUUUCGCCGCCUCCGUUGCGGCCCUCCUGCCCCCGAUGCCCAGCUCGCUGGCAACGGUGUUGGCAACAAGGGCCUCCGACAAGUGCGGUGACCAGGCUCAGCUUUCUUGCUGUAACAAGGCCACCUACGCUGGUGACACCACCGAGGUUGCCGAUGGUAUCCUUGCUGGUGCUCUCAGCAACCUGAUCGGUGCUGGCUCCGGUGCUGAGGGUCUUGGUCUCUUCGACCAGUGCUCCAAGCUCGAUGUUGCCCUCCUCAUCGGUGUCCAGGACCUCAUCAACCAGCAGUGCAAGCAAAACAUCGCCUGCUGCCAGAACUCCGGCUCCAGCGCCGAUGGCGACCUCAUUGGCGUCGGGCUUCCUUGCAUUGCCCUCGGCUCUAUCCUCUAA